GUUAAGCAAGAAAAAAGUCUGGCUGUUGGACGGAAGUAGUAGUAAAACCGGAAGGAAAUAGAAAAAGAGAUAGAGAACCAGCAAUGGAGGCAAGGGUUGCAGGAGUGCCCGAAGACGAGGAGUCCGGCCUCCUCCCCCGCACAUCCGCCGCCGGCCGCCGGCCAUCCGCCGGCUCCGCACGCCGCGCGCCUCCCCAGCCGGUCUGGGCAACCGUGGACGGGCCCCUGGGGCUGCCGCUGGAGGAGGCGGAGGGCCACGCGCGCCGCUUCUUCCUCUGGGGGUUCGCGUGCCUCCCCUUCCUCUGGGCCAUCAACUGCUGCUACUUCUGGCCUGUCCUCCGCUCGCCCGCCGCCGCCGCUGCCUCCUCUUCCUCCGCCUUCUCCCGCAUCCGCCCCUAUGUUGUCCGGUCGGCAAUCGGCUUCACCAUUUUCUCCGUGGUUCUACUCACCUGGGCUGCAACAUUUAUAAUUGGUGGUGAACGAUUGUUCGGGCCAGGGUGGAACGAUCUAGUGAUGUACAACGUUGCGGACAAGCUUGGUAUCUCUGGAUUCAUGGGAUAGCUUCCUUUAGUUGCCCCUUUUUGAGCAGACUUGCUCUGACCAUUAUUUGUCUUGCUGUCUGUAGUCUGUAGAACGAUGUUUCUAUCCGGUAAAUGUAGUUUCACCCACAUUGAUAGCUUCCUGGUUGUUGAUACAAUUUGAUGUACUGUAAAUGUCAGUCACCACCAGUGAUUAGACUGAAGUUCGGUGGGACUCGUCGAGUUUGUAGAAAGAAAAGGAUGGAUAUAUUGCCACAAGACGGUCUAUCAUAACCUGA